AACAUCGUGGGGGCCAGUGCCAGUCAUCCGGUUAGAGGGAGGGGCUGUUGCGUUAUUUCGUGCUUCUUGUAACUUCCAUUUUGCCUGUGUCUACCCCAGCUCUUCAGGGUUAUAUUUGGGGUGAAAGGGGGGAGAGGACAAGUAGUGCAUUUGUUGGGCUCACCUGGGGCAUGUCGAAGGCUCCUCUGGGCUAUCAACCGUCGUUCGUCAGGAGGAAGUCAUCGAUAUUUUAUACUUUCAAAGGCCAUCAUCUACUUAUUCCGGAUAAGCGUGUGGUUCGGAGUUACUCCGCACGGCUUCGCUGUUUAGCUGUCUCUCUCUUUUCCCCUUCGAGAACUCGUUUUUUCCGUUUCCCCCGGGGAAGUGAGACAACACAAAGUUCGUGAUGUAGAGGGAUAUCGGCUCUCCCUGGACUAACACUCAAUGGGACUCGACAACACGAGGAAUCGAAUACUCUUUUACGUGAAUUUGUGGUACUCAGUGAUUAUCGCGUUGAAGAGAAUUCCAGUCGCCAUUACUCGGUGAGGGAUUGCGAGUUGAUCACGAGAGUGGAACGUUAUUUAAGGAGAAAUGUCUGACCACCUGCGGACACUUCGUCCGCGUCGUUCCUUGAUAAAAGAGCAACGACUGGAGGGCCCAGAGGCCCCAGCCACCGACAAAGAGCUCGACGAAAGGGACGACAGUGACAGCGAGCCCAGGCUCGUCAUCAAGGAGGACUCAGAUCCCCAGGGAUCUGAUAAAAAAGUACCCUCGGAUCGUCUGUACGAGUGCAACUCCUGCAGACCGAAACUCGAGUUCACCAGUCUCACAGACUAUCUCCAACACUUGAAGGAUCAGCACCAGCUCAGGAAUAAACUCCAUGGCUGUCCCUUCUGCAAUUACACUUAUCAAAAUCCAAAGAAAUUGCAGCGACACAUUUUAAAUUCCCACAAAGACACUCAGGGCGAGAGAUCAGGGGAAAUAGUAAGACGUAAUCGAUGCACAAUGUGCAAUUUUGUCGCUUACACACCUACCGACAUGGAGAAUCACCAGAGGCUGCAUCACCUCAGGAGACGAUUUUUUAGAUGCACAAAGUGCUCGUACGUGACACAUGUUCGUGCACGAUACACCAAACACGUGAAAUACCAUUCCAUGCCAAUGAUAAAAUGCGAUGAUUGUGAUUUUCGAACUCCUUAUAAGUGGAAUCUCGAUCGUCACACCAGGAAUCAUGGGGGCGGUGGGGCUUUUCAGUGUCAGGCUUGCAAUUUUACCGCUGACAUCAGACAGAGUCUGACAGUGCACGAGGCCAAUCAUCAUGAACCGCCGGUUGGGCAGAUGGCGAGUAAGAUGAGCAGUCCUUUUGUACGAAAACCGAGAAAUAUACCAAAACGUUAUAACCAGGUCGGAGCUAGCGACUUUCGUAACCCCCAGAUCAUCGACAAGGUCCCAACGACAGCUGAAAAUUCCCCGGACACAGAGGAUCCGAAGAACCCGACGAUCACUGACGGUGCGGAUUGUAUCGCUUUGAAAUGCGAGGAGAAGGGAUGCCAGUUCAUCACUGCCUGGGACUCAGAGAUGCAAAGACAUCUCGCUGAGUCCCACGCUGGUCAGUCCCCGGGUAAAAGGAAACCUCUGCCGAUGUUAAUUCCACUGAGCCCAGGAAGCACUCAAGCCAAUGCCAGUGCCUCCAGUCCUCCCACAACUGUUCUCAAUGUUCCCAGGGUCAGAGUGAGGCCAGAGCUUGCGAAAAUUGCCAGAGACACCGAAAUAGCUAAACUGUACAGUAAUUCUGAGGUUAAUGGGGAGAAAGAAGCGAGUCCCCCAAAGAAUUUUGAAAAAAGAAAUGCCUCGUUCUUCGACAAACUGAAGGAACGUCUGUUAACAACCUCUGGAAUCACCCCGUCAACAAUGAAUAACCAAGUGCCAGCUGUAAGUAACAACGAUCUAAAGUGUUGGUGCACGUUUGAAGCGAGUAGUCAUCUUGAAUUGUCAAGUCAUAGAAAAACCCAUCACACUGCGCUCAGUGUGUCUCUUGGCGUAACGCGAUGUCCAAAGUGUCGUAGACGUUGCAAAACUUCGAGCGAUCUCCAGAUGCACAUUAAAAUAUGUCCAGCGUUCAAUAAUAAUAAUGACAAUAAUGAUAAAAAUAGUUGCCAGGAGAACACUGUCAACAGUGAUACCUAUGCAACAACUUCUUCCUCCAAUGAUUUUGAGUUACCAUUGCAAGUGGACUGGGAUGCUAAUUACAACGGACUUAAUUCCUCUGGAUCCUCGGCGGAGGGAGUCUCUACGAGCGCCUCCGGACGCCGAGUAUUCAAAUGCCCCCACUGUCCCUUCUGGGCGUCUACAGCCAGUAGAUUUCAUGUCCACAUCGUCGGCCACCUGAAUCGCAAGCCUUUCGAGUGCUCCUUGUGUGCGUACAGGUCGAAUUGGCGGUGGGACAUAACAAAACAUAUUAAAUUGAAAGCUGCUAGGGAUCCGGCUCACGCCAGUGCCAGAGUCCUCAUGACCGACGAAACCGGUCGUCGUAAUUACUCGAAGUAUAAUAAAUAUCUGACUCAGCUUCAGCCGCAAUCCUCGGACGCCGUCUCCCCUGAAGACACGCAGGGUGGCCUCCGAAGUGGCGAGCCUCCGCGAAAGCUCUUCAUAAGUGCUGACCAGUCUCCAAAGCGUCGUUCCAAGCCGAUGACGUCCCUCUCAAUAGACGUGUCCUCAAGCCAGACAAUAAAGCCCUUCCAACUUCCACGUCUGCAUGGCCAGUCCCUUCUGAAGGUCACCCCCUCAUUCACCCCUGCAAAGGACCCUCUAGCCUUCUCCCCAAAAUCCACCGAGGAGACAAAACGCACCCUCUGGAAAUGCAAACGCUGCAACUAUCGCGACUCCAGCAAAGAGGUUCUCCUUCAGCAUGUGAAGAGCCACUACGAGAAGCUGGAAAAAUCCCAGGACAAGUCCAACCUGACCUGCACAGACUGUCCCUUCGUAGCCGCUGAUGCUGAGUCCCUGGCACUUCACAAGGUCCACCACAGGCCAAACCUGGAGGCCAUCUUCAAGUGUUACCUCUGCCCAUACUACGUCAGUACGAAAGCUGAGCUCCUGGAGCACGCACGUCUCCAUGGAGAGGAGUUAUCAGCUGUACAUGAUCCUAAGCCAAAGCCAAAGGAAGACAUUCCCUCAGACCAGGCGCCACCAAUGCUCCUGGACACACGAGCCCUCCCCGACACCCCAAUGGUCUGGGUUUCCCGUCCAGACGGUACAUUCGCAAAAAUGCUCAAGUGUCGUCACUGCCCGUACGUCUCAUCUCGUCGAGCUGAAGUCCGGGAUCAUGAGAUCAUGCACACCAACGAUAACAACGGUCCAGGACUGCUGAUAGCCUGUCCAGAUUGCAGUUUCACUUGUACGCAGAAGGACGUCAUGGAGUCUCACGCAGCGAUGCACCUGGGAUCACUGGGGACGGUUCACUGUCUCGUGGCGGACAACAGGAGUGACACCCAGCAAUUGGACGACCUCAAGAGCAUCUUAGGACUAGCAAAGACCCCGACCCUCGGGCUUGAGCCAGACCUGAAGGACUCCAGGCUGGUGCACAGCUGUAGCAAAUGCCCUGCCAGAUUCCUCUGUGAGAAGGAGCUGAGAAUUCAUCUGCGCUAUCACUCUACCUCCCUCGCUUACACCUGCGACUGGUGCUCUUAUGCCGCCAGACAGCCUGCCCAUCUCCUGGCCCACCAGAAGGCUCAUUCCAGUGACUACCAGGAACGUACGAAGUGCCUGGCGUCAAUCUAUGGAAAUUCUCAAAGGUUUCCUCCACCUCUGACAGCCUGUGUCGAGAUGAACAAUCAGGAUACCAGCAAUAGGAGGCACUUCGCUUGGAUUGUCGUUGAGGUUACCACCAACAAUCAGAAGAUGCACACGCAGGAGUUCAAUAUUGAUAAGAAUCAGGUGUUCACCUGCACAAAGUGCCCAGCGAGGUACUUCAAACUCGAUGCCCUUGAGUAUCACAUGACCCUUCACGGAUCCAACAACAGGUUCAAGUGCGAGGAGUGUGAUUACUCGUCGAAGACAGCCCAGAACCUGAUGAAGCAUCAGGUGGUGCACAGGAGGCAGCCGGAGAUUGUCGAGCAAUUGCAGGAGUCGAAUAAGCUCCAGGGACGUCUUGAGACGUGUGCAGUGCAGGAGAACACUUCUGGUAAUUCGAAUUACGUGUACCCUGGCAGCGGCAGGCAGGGAAGGUUCAGGGAGAAGAAGUACAAGUGCCAUAAAUGUCCUUCGGCGUUCGAGAAGCGAGAGCAGUUCAGGAUCCACUUGUCUCUUCAUGGAUCGAAGCAGAAGUACAGGUGUGACAGGUGCGAUUAUGCAGUUAAAUAUUAUGCGAAUUACAUUCAACACAUGAGGAAGCAUCAGGCAAAUGCGGGGACACAGGCCGUCAGGCAGAUGGAGGCGGAGGACGAAGACUGCGGGAACGAGGAGCAGAGUGUCAUGAAGUCCAGGAGAAAGUCCACAACUAGGAAUAGAGAGGGACUCAUGGCUCUUGGAGAGGAGGUCUCCUCAGUGUCCAAUCAAGACAAACAGACGAUGAUGCUGAUGCAGAGGAAGGCCUCGUCGACGCUGGGUGAAACCAAUGACAACGCUUUCAGGUGCCUCGAAUGUCCGUUCUCUGCUGAUGAUCAAACUGCCAUCGAUGCUCACAAGAGACGACAUGGAAUUGAGAGGCUCACACCACCCUGUCCUCAUUGUAAUUAUGUCCCUAGGAAGGACGAGAAUCUCAAUGAACAUAUCAGGCUACACUUCACCAGAAUGUACAAGCCUGAGGGUUACCUCAUCGUCGAGAUGCUUACUCUCAGGAUGGAGAAACAAGGGGAGGAGAGCGAUGACAAGGGGAAGGAGAAUGAAUUGCUGUUCGCUGAGUCAUCUGAGGGAGAUUUUCUACCCGUCACUGAUAUCGUCAGCACAUGCCCUGUUGUUAAGAAGCCCAAGGAACUUUUGGACAAAGUGAUCAUCGAUGCUAAUACUGGGGAGGCCACACAUCGUAUCAAAGAUUAAUGUUUUUUUAUAGAUUUUUUCACUGCUUGUAAUUUUGUAAGAGAGAAUAUACUAGUUUAAGUUUUUUUGGUUAUUUUUGGGGUACACUGAGAUCAAUAUGGUUUUCUGAGCCAUAAGUAUUCUGUUGUAUUGAAAAAAUUGUGGCCUGAAGAUGUUUAUUGAGGAAAAAUUGAAAAUUUGGUUUCACAACAAACAAUUCGUCAAAAAAGUUUCUUAUGACAAGAAAACUAUUUCUCAAAUCACGUUAAAUUUGAAUAAUUCAAUUACUAGUUCUUUAAGUUAUCGAUUGUGUAAUAUUUCAAUGCAAAAAUCACUUGCAUAGAUUUGAGAAGUCAUUUUCUUAAUAUUUAAUUGUAGGAAAAGAUGUUUCCCUAUAAUUGGGUAUCGUGCACUUGGUAAUUUUUGAGUCACGAUUUCCUCAAAAAAUUCUUGCCCUCUCAGUGUGCACGAACGUGAUAAGACAGUGGGUAUCAUUACGAUACGAAUAUAUGUAGGCUUGUGAAAUGAAUAAUAAACAAUGGGUUUGUUUUCAA